UGCAUCUAAUUUUUCACUUUUUUUUUUCAUAGUCGCACCAUAUUUUGUAAGUAAAAUAAAACAGAGCAAAGCAACAAAUAGAAUGGGACAAACGGAAAAGAAGGCGCUAGAAGGAUUCGUGGGUGGAGAGCCAAAUCAGAAACCAUUGCAUGCUGUCUCUUCCUGCCUCUUACAACCCACCGACUCCACUGAUUUGACAUUAAACUCAGUUGAUCCUUCUGCUUUUUCAUAUUAUUUUACUGUCACCUAUUCUAUUUAAGAUUAUUCCCAAGUUGGCACCAUCUUUCAAGCUUCAUCAAUAUAAAUACACACUGCUGCUAUACUUGCUAAUGCACCCGCACAGCAACUUGCAGAGUUCCUUUCCUUUCUAUAUUAUUUCUCACCCGAUAUUAACAAAGCGAAAAUGAAGCCUCUCUUCACAGUGCUGCUAUUUUGUUCCCUUCUAUGCUCCUCUAUCUUGGAGCCAGCCAUUGCAUAUGAAGAUUCAUCCUAUUGCAGCAAUAAGUGUUCGGACAGAUGCUCAAAAGCAGGGGUUCAAGAUAGGUGUGUGAAGUACUGCGAAAUAUGCUGCGCACAGUGCAAAUGUGUUCCUUCUGGAACUUAUGGGAACAAGCAUGAAUGCCCUUGCUACAGGGACAAGCUUAACAAUAAGGGCAAGCCCAAAUGCCCCUGAUAACAAAGUUCAAGACAUGUAGAGAAAGAGCGUGUUGGGAAAGAUGGCGUUUUUUUAGGAAUUUAUUGAGUAGGCGAGUGGUAUCUGUGUGAGCUAUUAUUCAGUAUGUUGGAUUCCUGUUGUUAUUUCAGUUUUCCAAUGUCUAUAGGGUGCUAGAUCUGGAGAGGAUUAAUAAAUUCGACAUCAAUGAAGGUUUUUGAAUUUUGAUCUGCUAUUCUCCAACUUUUGAAAUAAUAAAAAAAAUAUAUUAAUGAAUGCCUAGGAUUCUCCCAUGCAGUAAUCCGUGGUUAGUUCUAUAUUCAAAAGCAUCUUUGUAAUCUUUAUAUGUCACCUCCCACUUGCAAACAUGUGACAUGUCAGUAUAGCUAUAUAUCAUUACAUUUUCGUAGUGUCA